UAAACCUUGAUAACUUUAGUCACGUUAAUGUAUUAAUUAACCGGAACGUGUACAACGUAAAAGCAUUUUUGGUAAUUGAUUUUGUAUUUACAAUUUUAUUGUGAAGAGAUUCAACAAUAGCUUGUUACAUUGACAAUGCAGAUUCUGUUCUCUUGUAUGUUAAUUACAAUACAUGUAAUGAUAGUAAUUGUUUUCAACCUUGUGUCACCUUACGAAAUAAUAACUAAAUAUUCUGAGGGCUCGCAAAAAAAAAGAGAAAGUUUUGAAGAUUUCUUCAAUUCAUUAUCCAAAGAUGGUUUAAUAGCCCUGGACAAAAUACCGAUAGUGAAGGAUUGCUCGACGUGUCCGAGAGUUUAUUUCCCUGUGUGCGGAGAUGAUAACAAAACUUAUACAAACGAAUGCCGUUUGAACUGCGCCAAUAGUAAUAAGACACAAGUAACGAAAAAAGUACGAAUGGGACCAUUUUCAAUAUUUCUACUAUUAUUCUCCUUUGCGUCGAGCGGUUCGUACCGCUACGCGUCUCCCGCCGAAAUACAAGAUUACUAUACGAGUAUGUCGAACAUAACCGAUCCUUUGCCUCAACUGGAAAAGAUAAAAAAUUGCCAAUGUCCUAGAAUAUAUUUACCUGUAUGUGGCACCGACAAUAAGACAUACACAAAUUGAUGUUGGAUGAAUUGCAUUGCGCUUAUAUCAAUUCUAGCUGUACUAUCGCAAAUAAAAAUGCAAUUAAAUGAUAGGUUCUCUAAUAUGAAAUGGGGUACUACGACAAUGAAAUAUACCAACAUGCUACCACCGCUGGGCAAGAAAAUGGAGUGCGAGGAAUGUCCAAACGUGUACUAUCCAGUGUGUAGCACAGAAAACAAAACACAAGUAUUUCAAUUAUCCAACAUUAAGUAA